AUGAAGUCGGCAAAGCCUACUUCCGCUGAGGCCUCAUCCCAUCGCAGGUCGCAGCCCGUCCGACAGACUCGCACGAACCCCCCCCGAAGCUCCAUCAAUGCCGGCCGACUGGGUGCCAGAGAGGCGCCUGCCUCUGGUCCUGUCGGCGACCAGCCCAUCGACAUAUACCCUGCGAUAACCCAUUUUGCCGAUAUAAUGACUGCCCUCCCUAAAGAGAUGGUCCGUCACUUUACACUGCUUAAAGAGGUUGACGCCAAGAUUUUUGCUCCCCAAGAGCAGCUCUUCAAGCUCGUCGCCGCUGCCACCAAAGCCUCUCUCCCCAGCGCCCAGUCCCAAAAUGAUGCCCUCAGCUCUACUGCGCCAGCUUCCGCGCCAAUGAGCGCCCAAGGCAGCUCUUCUAGUGCGGCGCAGUCCAACUCUCUGGUGCCAGUCUCGGCCGACGAGCCCAGCACUGCUUCAGGUGUCUUUGACCCCUCCAAUAUCCCUCGAAGACAGCUAUUCCGCCAGACCGCUUUCAAGAUACAGGAGAUGUUAGUUGCACUGGAGGAAAAGAAUCACGUCAUCUCGACGGCCAAUGAGGCUCUCCAGCACCAGAUGACACGCGUCGAGGAUGUCUGGCCCUACCUCGAAAACGAGUUCAGUGACGAAGCGAAAUGGGGCAGCGCGACACACUGGGCUUACCCCGAAAACCGAGGGGGCAAAUCCAACUUUGAGCGAGCUCGGCGUGAUGGGGCCGCUGCUAUCUCAGCUGCCGCUCAAGCCUUAGCCGACGAAGCUGCCGCGCGUAGCGACGCCAGGAAACAAGCUGUCCAGGCCAAGAAAAACAUGAGAAAUGCAAACCAUGGUGCUGACAUGGAUGGCUCACGUGAGAAGAAGCCUUCGAGCAAGGCUAGAAAGACUGAGGAUGGCGAUAAUGUUGGCCUCGGUAUCUCUGCCCCACCAAAUGGGAACGCUUCAAAGAGGCGCAAGACCGAAAAGGCUGCUGCCGGUGGCACUCCCAUGGAGAGAACAAUUAGCUCUGCUCUUGGAAGCACUGGUUUCAAGGUCAAAGGAGGCAGUCCCCGAGGAACUCCUGCUCCCGAGGGAGCCAAGAAGCGCCGGGCCUUACCAACAGGAAGCGCACCCGCCAAGAAGAAACCCGCCACUUCGGGCAAACCUGCAUCCACGACAUCCUCGCCGGUCGUCCACAGCAUCUCCGAACCAAAGCCUGGAGCAUCACCAGCACCAACAAACGCGCCUCGACCCGCAUCCUCUCGAGCCCGUCAAAACUCGGUCAACUCUACAUCAGAAAACGGCAAGGCUCGCCGCCCAUCUAUCACAGCAAAGGCCACAAACGGCAGCGCUGCGGACAAGCCAGAUGUCGCACCCGAGAAGCCUGCAAACAUUACCGAAGUUCCUCUGCCCAUUAAGAGCGAGCCUGGCAAAAAGGAUGGCGACAGGCAUGAUAACAUAACUACUACAGCUGCCCCCGCAGCUAGCAAAAAAGAGUCAAGGGUGGAACUACCUGAAUUCAAGGUCGAAUCGACGCCAGCACUACCACUGCCUGCCACUGUUACCACUAAGAGCGGCAGAGCGAGUAAACCUUCAACCCCCGCGCUCGCGACAUUCCAAGAGGCUGCCGCCGCUCGGGCUUCGAGAACGCGAAACGACGGUGCAAAGAAAGCUCACCGCAAAAGCAGCACAGCCCAACUUGCUGCGCAGCACACUGCCGAUGACGACGCGACCAGCAGCAUGCAAGACGAGGAUGAAGGUGACAUCGAUGGUGAUGAGCCAACAUAUUGCUACUGCAAUAGCGUCAGUUAUGGUGAAAUGGUGGCCUGUGACUCGGACGAUUGCGAGCGAGAAUGGUUUCAUUUGGACUGCGUCGGCCUAAAAGUCGCACCCGGCUCCAAGACGAAAUGGUACUGCGAAGACUGCAAGGAGCGACUCAGAUUGGCCGGUAAAAAGGUCAGCACACGGUAA